AUGGAUGCCUGCCUCAGGGCACACAACAGGAGACUCAAGGCGAGCAGGACUUCUUGGUCGUGGGAGAGGUGGCAGCAAUCCCAGCAGAUCUUGCCUGCAGGGGCUUCAAGGACUGAAGUCGUGGAUUACCUCCAGCCUGGGUGGUAUGCUGUGCUACUGGCGGCGGCGGCGGUGGCGGUGGCGUGGUUUACAAAUCCAACUACUGUCAAUGCCUUCUACAGUGCAUCCACCAACCAGAUCCGAUUUCCAGCAGGAGAGCUCCAGAAGCCUUUCUUUUGGGGAACAGAAUAUCCUCGAUCUCUGAGUUAUGGUGCUAUAGGAGUAAUUGUCGGACAUGAAUUUACACAUGGAUUUGAUAAUAAUGGCAGAAAAUAUGAUAAAAAUGGAAACCUGGAUCCUUGGUGGUCUACUGACUCAGAAGAAAAGUUUAAAGAAAAAACAAAGUGCAUGAUUAACCAGUAUAGCAACUAUUAUUGGAAGAAAGCUGGCUUAAAUGUGAAAGGGAAGAGAACCCUGGGAGAAAAUAUUGCCGAUAAUGGAGGCCUGCGGGAAGCUUUUAGGGCUUACAGAAAAUGGAUAAAUGACAAAAGGCAGGGAGUUGAGGAGCCUCUUCUACCAAGUAUUGCAUUCACCAACAACCAGCUCUUCUUCCUGAGUUAUGCUCAUGUGAGGUGCAAUUCCUACAGACCAGAAGCUGCCCGAGAACAAGUUCAAAUUGGUGCUCACAGCCCCCCUCAGUUUAGGGUCAAUGGUGCAGUUAGUAACUUUGAAGAAUUCCAGAAAGCUUUUAACUGUCCACCCAAUUCCACGAUGAACAGAGGUGUGGACUCCUGCCGACUCUGGUAGCUGGGCCACUGGUUUAUGCCCUCCUGAGAGAGAUGCACAGUUCUAGCAGAGGCUGCACUGAGCAUUCAUCGCCCACUGCUUUAGACCUAGAUUCCCUUGAAGACUUUCAUUUUUAAUGCAUUUUCAUUAUUUGAGUAGAUGACCUGCUUGGACCUAAACUAUAUCUGCUCAAAGUUGUAGGGCUUAAAAAAUUGAAUACAAGAAAUGAACCAAAUGUAUUUCUUUAGAAAACCAAACCAACAUAAAUAAAUCCCUAAGCUACUUUUGUUAAAAUGCUGUCUGCUGAAUUGUUGCUAUUGUUCAUUUUAGUGUGUUAGCCACAGCUAAGUGAUAUGUACCAUUUCAAUCUAUAGCUUUGCAGGAGGCCUAAAUAGAAUAUAUCCAUAAAAAAGUUUGGUCUAUUAAUCUUGUAACC